AUGCUGGCAAUUCUGGGUGAUCCGGAAGACGUUCCUGCCACACAUCCAAAGAAAAUGGUGGAAGAAGUCACCCAAGCCUUAGUGGUAGGCUGGAGAGUUUUGCCUCCAAUUCUGACAUCGGCGCACACGAAACUCCUGCAACAAAUGACGAUGAUUCGUGAAGUGGGAGAUGUACUCGAUCUGAAACGUGCACUUGAUGCUGGAAAUCAGAAUUGCGGUGCUGUCAUGCAAGAGAUGAAAACGGUCAUUAAAAUAUGGAGAUCACGUACCUAUUCGCUAUCCGAUGACAUGUCGUUUAUCUCGUUGAUGUAUGAUUGGCGAAGUCAAAUUCACACCAUGAUGGUGCAACAAUUCCACGAGUGGGAACGUAGUGGGAUAGUGAUGCCUCCGGGCAUGAAUCCACAGUCGAUUCUCCCGAUUCACUCGGCAGCUACAGGACAGCUGUUCUUGGCAAGAGCAGCACGAGAAAGGGGAAUGGAUCAAGUGGCGAUCAGAACUCUGAAUAAGCUACAUACACUGAUUACACUUCCAAUGAUGGAUUGUCAUCAAAAGAUCAUUGAUCACUUGAAAACACUGCGAAGAAUGGCCAAGAAACAUACGACCACUGCACAGCAGAAAAUGGAUCUUCUCCAGGAAGCUCUACUGAUGACUGAAGCUGCUCGUAUCGAAGACUUCUCUCGUGAUCAAUGCUGUCGUCUUUUCUAUCAAAAGGGCUCCAUUCUCAGCCAGCUGGACAAAAAUGAUGAUGCCAUGCAUGCGUUCUCUGCUGCGGCUACCAUGGUUGAUCCAACCAGCUCUCCACAACUGAACACGGCUUGCAGUAUGUUCAAGAAUUGGGCGCAUCAUCUGGAUAAUUUAUUCUUCAGUGAAAAGUGA